CCCAGUCCGUGGCGCCCGUCUGUACUUCGGGGUAGGAGGGCGCUCUGCCGCGGCGGCCAUGUUAGAUUUGGGCAAGGGCUUCAUCUCCGUGCCCCGUUUCCGUCGUCUCGCUUCCGGCAGAGCGCAUCCGGGGCGAUCAAAUUGACUGACGGCGUCGGGGCUGGGAGAGGUCAGGGCGCGCUGCGGCGACUGGACUAUCAGGGGCGAGGACGAGGCUAGUGGUGUGACAGCUAUUCUGGGAGGUGCAGCUCUCAUGUCUGGGAAGAAGUCUCGUGAGCAGCCCCUAUUGCCACUGCUGGGGCUAUUGGUCAUGGUCGCUGCUGUCCACCUUAUUGCCUGUCCCUACACCAAGGUGGAGGAGAGCUUCAAUUUGCAGGCCACACAUGAUCUGCUCUUCCAUCAGCUGAACGUGGAUGAGUAUGACCACCAUGAGUUCCCUGGGGUCGUCCCCAGGACAUUCCUCGGGCCACUGUUGCUUGCAGUGUUCUCCAGCCCUGUGGUAUAUGUGCUCUCGCUGCUGGAAGUGUCCAAGUUUUAUUCCCAGCUGAUAGUCAGAGGAGCACUCGGGCUGGGCACGAUCUGGGGACUGUGGAGAUUACAAAACGAAGUGAGACGGCAGUUUGGGGCCACGGUGGCCACUCUGUUCUGCUGGGUGACAGCCACGCAGUUUCACCUGAUGUUCUACUGCACGCGGACGCUGCCCAAUGUGCUGGCACUGGUGGUGGUGCUGCCAGCCUUGGUGGCCUGGCUGCGGCACCAGUGGGUCUGCUUCAUCUGGCUCUCGGCACUGGCCGUCAUUGUCUUCCGGGCCGAGCUGAGCCUGCUGUUGGGCCUCCUGCUGCUGUUGCCCUUGUUCCGCCGGUGGCUGUCAGUAGCCACCCUGCUCCGCCACGCUGUGCCUGUGGGGCUCCUCUGUCUAGGACUGACGGUUGCUGUGGACUCCUAUUUCUGGGGGUAUCUCGUGUGGCCAGAAGGGAAGGUGCUGUGGUACAACACGAUCCUGAACAAGAGCUCCAACUGGGGUACCUCCCCACCCCUGUGGUAUUUCUACUCAGCCCUGCCCCGCGGCCUGGGCUGCAGCUUCCUCUUUGUGCCCCUGGGUGCCAUGGACCGAAGGACCCACGCGCUGACACUAGCGUCCCUGGGCUUCAUCGCCCUGUACUCGCUCCUUCCGCACAAGGAGCUGCGCUUUGUCAUUUAUGCCUUCCCAGGGCUCAAUGUUGUGGCCGCCAGGGGUUGCUCCCACAUUCUGAAUAAUUAUAAAAAGUCCUGGCUAUACAAGGUGGGGACUCUGCUUGUGAUUGGACACCUGGUGGUGAAUGCUGCCUACACAGCCACGUCCCUCUAUGUGUCCCACUUCAACUACCCUGGUGGUGUGGCAAUGCAGCGACUGCAUGAGCUGGUGCCCCCUGGGACAGAUGUCCUUCUGCACAUCGAUGUGGCUGCCGCACAGACGGGGGUGUCACGGUUCCUGCAGGUCAAUGGCGCCUGGAGGUACGACAAGAGGGAAGACCUCCUGCCAGGUGCGGUGGGCAUGCUGGCCUACACCCAUGUCCUCAUGGAAGCUGUGCCCGAGCACCUGGCCCUCUACAGGGACACUCACCGGGUCCUGGCCAGCAUCGCAGGCACCACUGGUGUGAGUCUGAACUUCACCAAACUGCCUCCACUAGACAUCAACCUGCAGACGAAGUUGGUGCUCCUGGAGCGACUUCUCAGAUCUUGACUUCUCAGGCCUCGGUUGGGUUGGUACUCACAGCCACUCCCAGGGGCCAUGUGACCCCGCACACCUCCCACCUGUCACCGAGGUGGGCA